AUGAAGCGACAUAAGCGGAUUUUGCUUUACUAUAAGCUUGCACAAUUUUUGGCACUAUUGUACAUCAAGCAGUCACAAGAAAGUCCGGGUCGGUGCAUCUGGACGUAUCGCAGUGGUCAGCAAAUUUCUAUCAGGAAAAAGCGUUGUCGUUAUGGACAUCACAGCUCUGGAACAGCAAUAUGGAUCGGUUGUCGUUAUGCUUCUCUCAUUACAGCUGAUUUCAAAAAUGUGAAAAAGUUGAUUGCUAAAAGUCGUAACAGCGAUGCUCGAAAAGUAGUAAUUAUAUAUCCUGUCGAAAUUUAUCCAGUAUUAUGUGACGAACCUGUUGCUUUUAUCGAUGAUCUUGGUGCAUUUAAUCUUUCAAAUAGAGGACUUCGUCUUGAGGAUGCAGUAAUUGAGACUUCUUGCUCUUCGGAUGUUACCGAUAAAGCAGAACUAUGUGUUUCAUGCGGUGUUCAUAUUGCCUUAAUUAUUACAUCUUUCUACGACCCAAGGUCUGAUUAUUCUGACGAACUUCGGGAGUAUUUUCAAACACCAAGACUGGUUGCGGUAGGAGAUAUCAUUGCUAUUCCUUGGCGUAAACCAUGGAGCAAAAAAGUGAAAGAGAUAUUUUUCAAGGUCCUUUAUUUUGAAGAUUCGGAGAAACCAUUAGAAGCUGUAGUUGAUUCACAAAACACAACAUUAUAUCAGGAUAAAGAGAUUUACGAUAAAAUCCCAUACAGUGAUAUUACAUGUUACAUACCAGAAAAAUUCUUAGGAAUAGCGCAAAGAAUUUCUUCUUUGAUCAAAGCCAAUUGUGAUUUGAAAACACCUUCAUCAACUCUGGUUAUACUUCUCAGUGGUUUACCAGGUUCUGGAAAAAAAUUGUUCCUAAAGCACUUGUCGUCUCUGGUACAUUUAGAUAUUUGCUUCUCAAACUGUUUUGAUAUUUGGAGCGAUGCAUCUGGGACUUACGAAACAAACAUUCGUAAUGCUUUUGAAAAAGCUUCAGCAAAAUUUUUUCCAUUGUUGGCUCUUCUAAAUGCAGAUUUACUUGGUUACGACUCAGAUGGCGCUAAGCAAGAUACUCGAGGGUUGGUAUGUUUAACAAAAUUUCUUAGAACUUCCACCAUACCUGCUGUAUUUUUGGUUUGUAAUUCCGACAAAUUAUCAACCUUACCGGCAUCACUACGUUCUCUAAUCCUUUAUCACUUCCAAAUCCCGUUACUAACCGAAGAAGAUCGAAAAUCCAUAAUUAUGCAUGAAAUUGAUGACUCAAAUCUCAUUGAUAUUUCUGCUAUCACGCACCAAACAAGUGGAUUUACUUUAUCCGAUCUGCAUUCUCUAUUAUCGGAUGCAUCAUUUCGUAAAGACACUACAAAUUCACCGAAGCUAAUGACUGAGCAUUUCAUAUGGGCAAUUGAUACACGUAACAAGCGAUUGGCUGAUAAAGUUGGAGCACCCAUUAUUCCAAAAGUGACGUGGGACGAUGUCGGCGGAUUAGACGAUGUUAAGCAAGUUGUUAUUGAAAGUUUAAUUCUGAAUUUGCAAGGGAAGAAGAAUAUGAAACGUAGUGGUGCUUUGUUGUACGGUCCUCCUGGUUGUGGUAAAACACUCAUUGCUAAAGCUAUCGCAAAUCAAUUUAAAAUAACUUUUCUGAGUGUAAAGGGACCUGAGCUUCUUAACAAGUAUGUUGGCCAGAGCGAAGCAAACGUUCGUAAAGUUUUUGAGAAAGCUCGAAUGGCUGAACCUUGCGUGUUAUUCUUCGAUGAACUCGAUUCUCUUGCUUGCAAACGAGGCCGUUGCGGUGAUUCUAGUCGUGUAGUUGAUAACAUUGUGUCACAAUUGACUAUAGAAUUGGACUGUUUGGCAGAUUCAAAAAUCUUUGUUUUGGGUGCCACGAAUCGGCUUGAUUUGUUAGACUCAUCGUUACUAAGGCCAGGAAGAUUUGAUAAAAUUAUUGAAGUAUGUGGAGCAAGGGAUGUUGUAAUACGUGAACGUAUACUCCGUGCAGCUAGCCGAAAUAUCACAUUUACCGAUGACGUCGAUUUGAAAGAAAUUGCAGAGUCCUGUGAUCAUUUGUCAUCAGGAGCAGAUUUACAUGCGAUAAUUUCACAUGCACAGAUGGAUGCAAUACGGAAGAGAAUUAGAGCUGUGGAAGCCGGAAUGGUGUUACCUGAGGAACAGCUAUUAAUCACGCAGGAUAAUCUAAAAAAUGCGGUCAGGGAGGUAAUUCCAUCGACUGGCGCAAACUGCAAACAGUUGCGUAGAUUCUAA